UACAAGACUGAGCUCUGUCGUCAAUGGGAGGAGAAGGGUAGUUGCCGAUAUGGAGCCAAGUGUCAAUUCGCUCACGGCUCGCAGGAGCUGCGCCCUGUUGAGCGUCAUCGGCUCUACAAGACACAGAUCUGUCGGACGUACUUCCUCACUGGAUCAUGUCCAUACGCCCGCCGUUGCUGCUUUGUCCAC